UCUUGCAACAUCUUUUUUAUUUAUGCUGUGACAGUCCGCGAAAGAAUUAUUUUAUCAUUUUUUUACUGAAAUCUAAUAAUUUAACACGUAAAAUAUUGAUCAGAAUCCUUAAAUUGUGUCUGUGGAACUUUACAAUAUCGGUAUACAAAGUAUUGUGGGACAAUAUCGUUAUGUGCGUUAUCUUUCAGUAGCCGUGGACGAUGUGUUCUGUUGCGCUAUGGAGCAUGUCCAAUGUAGUCAAAUGGUACUCAGCAGUCGGUGAGAGCGCUCCUGCCUCUGAUGUUGUUUGUUUUGGCUCCGGACACUGAAGUAAACAGUGUGUUCGGAACUUAUCAUCGGCGGACGAUGCUCGAUUGAGGACAAACCUGUUUCAUAAAAUAUUCUAGUCUACAUUCUUCCAUAUACCCUCAAGUUUUUGUGAUUUAGACUAUUUGAAUUUGGUCAGUUAUUGUGUGGGACUCUUGAUUAAGGACUGGUAACGUGAAACAUGUUCAGUAAACAUUACGAGACCAGGCUGCUGCAGCAAUGCAGCCCCCUGAGUAAGAAGCAGUGCAUCAGGUUCCCAGCAGAACACACAAAUGGAGACAGAUUUACGCCGUGCAGGGCUGGGAACAACUGGCAGACAGCAUUUCAAGCAAUACACAGAGGAACAGAAAACCAGCCCACAAAGAAAGCGCGAGGCGAUGGCGGCGGGGACAACGGCACGGGUGCUCGGGACCAACACGCGUACAACUGUCUCCUUCAGAACGAACUCCUCGGUGCCCAGAUAGAGGAGGUCCGAGGACCGUCAGCCUCCUGCGCGGAGGGUAACAAGGCCAGCUUGGGCACUGCACAGACCCCGAAGUCCUCGCCAGCAUAUCUGCCCGUCUACAGGUUUAAUGCGCAAAGUCAUAAUGCUGUGGAAAACAUCGAUCCUUCACCAUACAGCCUGUCACCCAUAUCGGCAAAGUCAGAGAAGUUACUGCGCUCGCCCAGGAAGGCGACGCGGAAGAUUUCGAGGAUCCCCUUCAAGGUCCUGGACGCUCCGGAGCUACAGGAUGACUUCUACCUGAACCUGGUGGACUGGUCAGCGCAGAACGUGCUCAGUGUUGGCCUUGGGAGCUGUGUGUAUCUGUGGAGCGCUUGUACUAGUCAGGUGACCAGGCUAUGCGAUCUGUCGUCGGAAGGCAACGCCGUGACCUCUGUAGCUUGGAGCGAGAGGGGGCAUUUAGUAGCAGUGGGCACGCAGAAAGGACAUAUCAGCGUUUGGGAUGUUGCUGUUAAUAAAGAGGUGACCAAACUACAGGGGCACAUCGCUCGGGUGGGAGCUCUCGCGUGGAAUGGAGACAUCCUCAGUUCUGGAUCCAGAGACAGGCAUAUACGGCAGAGAGAUACUAGAACACCACCGGUGCAAGCAAAUCGUGUACUUCAAGGCCAUAGACAAGAGGUUUGCGGCCUCAAAUGGUCGCCGGACGGACAGUCGCUGGCGUCCGGAGGCAACGACAAUAAACUCUUCGUAUGGUCUAUGCACUCAACAUCUCCCGUGCAAACAUACUCGGCCCACGUGGCGGCGGUGAAGGCGAUCGCGUGGUCGCCGCACCAGCACGGCUUGCUCGCGUCCGGCGGCGGCACUGCGGACCGCUGCAUCCGCUUCUGGAACACCCUCACUUCGCAGCCCAUGCAGUGUGUCGACACAGGAUCUCAAGUAUGCAACCUGGCGUGGUCGAAGCACUCGAGCGAGCUCGUGUCCACGCACGGCUACUCACAGAACCAGAUCCUAGUCUGGAAGUACCCCUCGCUCACGCAGGUGGCGAAACUCACAGGUCACUCAUACCGCGUCCUAUACUUAGCGCUCUCGCCCGACGGCGAGGCGAUAGUGACGGGCGCCGGAGACGAAACGCUACGCUUUUGGAACGUUUUCUCCAAAACACCUUCACACAAGGAGAACAAGAGUGUCCUCAACCUCUACACGGCACUCAGAUAAACUUAUCACUUAGAUUUAUAUGCCCAAACCUUGGACAAACGAUCCGUUUUGCUUACGAACGGUAGAUUAUUGACAUUUGUUCUGUAAAGCUUAUGUCUAACUACCAUACGUAAGCAAAGUGAAUAAGUUGUUCGGAGGUCGGGCAAUAGUUUACCUUUGUAUAUACUAGCUUUAUUUAUUUAUAGGCGUUUAACCCAUACGGUGUUUCGAAGUAUUUUUUUGGGAGUUAAAAUAAGCUGGACUAUUAGUUCGUUUGUAAUUCGUGUUGUUUGGUUUUGGUGGUUUGUUUGUUUAUAUAAAAGUAUAUAUAUAUUUUUUUGGAUAUUUCCAACUAUUUAUUUGGAAGAGAUCUUGCUUUAAACGGCAGUCUCCUACGUAGUUGGUAACAUCUUUUGGUCGCCAUUAGUUUGAUAGAAGUUUCGAACGAAUCACCAUACUGUACCAAAUUAUUAUUUUAUAAAUUAUGUACACUAGUUUGUGUAUAAAUUAUACAUAUACUGUACAAUGUACAUUUGUUUAGACGUAUUGUACAUAGAUACCUGUACAGUUUACGGUGACUGCGGUUCUUUGAUAGAAUCGUGGCCCUUACUUAUAUUUCUAUGUAUUUAUUGAAACAAGGUGCGGACAAAGACUUAAAGGUUAAACAGAUGGACAGCAUUUAGAUUGGAAGCAGAAAGUAUAAAUUUUGUGCAGUUUUCAUUACUAUGCAUUAUUUUAUUUAGCUUGUGUUCCAAAUGCCCUUUAUCUGUUUAAUACCAAAUCGUGAUAAAUCUAAAUUCGGGUACAUAAAAUACUGAGCAUUUAAUUACUAUAAACUGAAUUUGUCCAAAGAAAAGGUGAUAUAACCAAACUGCUGGGCAGGUAGCGAUUAAGUCUUUAGUCUGUGCUCUGUUUCAAACAAUUAGACGAUAGAGAGGCUGGAAUACUUAUUGUAGGACCAUCAAAUGUGCAUCUGCUUUAUAUUUAAUGCUUUAUGUGGUUAGCAUAAUGUCCAUAUUUAACAACUGUAUUUUCAAUACAUACUGGAAAUACUAUAAGUUUAGUUCUCCUACAUGUUUGAGGACCGUAGUUAAGAAUAGGGUAGAUUUGCAAUCAACUUUUGCUCAAUUUGUCGUAAGAUGUUGUGUAAAAUUCGUUCGCAAACACACAACCUCUCUGUUUCUCAAGCUAGAUGGAUUUUACCCACUGCUAUAGAUAACAGCAUGAUGUAAAUAUAUGGUAGUCUACAAUAAAUAAGUCCUGCCUCUCUAUCCUCUACAAACAUUUUGACAUAACCCCUAUACAGAUAAUAAUGAAUUGUGAGAAAGAAUUUUUGAAAACUUUACUUUCAAUUUUGAGAUAUAUUUCCUCAAAAAAUUACGUUUCGACUUGCGACAACUCAUUUAGUAAAACAUUCGUUUGUUUAACUAAUAAUUACGUUUUUCUGUUCCAGCUUUAUUUUUUCGACUUUAUCAGUUGAUAGAAAGGUAUUUAAGUAUUGUAUCAUUCUCUUAAAUGAUUUACGUCGAAAGUUGUUCGAGAUAUUUUUAGGGCGGUGAAAAUUAGGAGGAAAAUUUGAACGAGAUAUAAGCGUACAAUAGUACCAGGCUUGUAACAGCUAAAUCUUUAUUAAUUUUAGUUAUAAAUAAAUGGAAUCGCAUUUAUUAAAUGUAAAAUUGGAUUAAGAAAGCAAACGGGAGGUGCCUCAAUUGAUCUCAUUAACAACCUUAUGAUCUUGUUUAUGGCAAUACUAUUUUUUUAUUACUUUUUCUCUUUUACGUUAUUUAUUGUUUCUUUUGAAGUAGUUUGUAUUUAUUCAUAUUAUUGUUGCUUGUAGCUAUUUUUAAUUAAGCCGUUAACAUAACUCCUUAUAUUUUU